AUGGUCCAAGGCAACAACGCUGGCAACGUCAACAACACUCGCAACGUCAACAACACGGGCAACGCCGCUAGUCCGAACAACAAGAAGCGCCCUGCCGAUGCCAUGGACCCUGGCGGCAACAGUCAUGAUACUUUGCACCCCAACAAGCGCGUCAUGACCCAGACCAGCAACGACGGGGUCCUCCUUCCUGGACCUAUCUUAAGCGUCGACACACAAAGCGAUUACACAGUCCGCAUCGUCGAAGGAACUCCCCCCACCUUUGAGUUCAAGGCGAACGGCCCAGCCAAGGUCCAUUUCAACAUGGGUUACUCAGGCGUCCCUACUGUUGCUGAUUUUGGCCUUGAUCCUCGGGCUGCUGCAGCUGGCGCCGCUGCUCAAGCUCCUCGUCCAAUUCCUGCUCCGGCUCCUGAUGCUGGCGCUGCUCCCGGUGCCCCCCGGUGUGCCGUUGCUCCUAGGGCUCCUACUGCUGCUGUGGCUCAAGGUCCUGGUGGUCUCUCUGCUCGGGCUCCCGGUGGACCCGACACUGUCACUGCUCCCGGUAUUCUCGAUGUUUCAGGCGCUCCCGGUGCUAUUGCUGCUCCUGGCAAUGUCGCUGGUCCCGGUGGUGCUAUCGCUACUCCGGGCGGUGUUAUCGUUUUUCCUGGUACCAUCCCGUCUCCUGGUGCUGCCGUCACUCAGGCUCCGGCUCCCGCUCCUCCACCGGUUCCUGCUUAUGUUGUCCCUGCUAGUGCUCGUCCUUCUCCUGGCGUUGUUGCGUUUGCUGAUCGUGCUUCUAACGCUGCUCCGGACGUUGAAAACGCACGGCAGCGUACGGGUUGGGAGGGCAUGGGCUGCCGCGACGACUACGAGUCCUCGAUAUCGUCAUCGGUCCAUCCGUCCAACUCGCAGCAUGCCUGCUACGGCUUUGACACCUUCUUCCGCUUUCUCCUAUACCAACGCAUUUUCUCAUGCAGCCCUGUCCACCGAAGCUACUUUACGACCAACGUGGCGCAAGGCGCGACACAGAAACAGGACACCAACAGAUCAAAAAAUGAGCAGACGCUUGAGAUCCUUCGCUCGCUUUGCAUGUGCACUACCUUGGCGCCGUGUUCGGCGAGCAAGUGUAUGCUGGUUUACCAGACCUAUGUCGGCUCCAUGAACGAUAAAAUCAAGCGUCUCUUCCGCGAGCGUCUGACCGAGUCCGAGUCUAUCCCCGCAUGCAAGACGGGUAAGCCUCUCAACCUCAAACAUGAACUCACCACCACGGCAAGCGUCAACAAUUUGCCCAACCCAGGGAACUUGUCGAGGAAGGAAGGCACGUCACCAAGUCAUCGAGUCGACUUGGAAAAAGACUAUGCGGCGAACAAGAAGAUCGUGGAGGAUGAGCAAGACACGAAGCAGGCCCACGAGGAAACUCCUGCUCCAACCGAGGCGGACCACAUUGCUGCCAAAGCUGAGCGCAUGGCUGUGCUACAGAUUGGAGCUUCUUGCCGAGAACCCCGUGCCGAAGUGAACAGAGUGAACGAAGACGAAGGCAUCACGAGAUUAGGAGUGGUAGUGAAUUUUGUUGAUUGA